CAAUGUCAGUGUUUUGCUCCUUGUACGCCGCCGCGAAGUCGUCGGAGAUGUGGUCCGAUCUUUUCCGGCGCCGUGGACGACGGUGGCGCCGAAUCGGAUGAUGUUGAGGAUGGGAAUGAUCACACGGAAGCUUCAGAAGGGGGAAAUGAAAGAAAAAACAGUGAUAUGCUUCGGGAAAACCUUGAACGAAUAGUUGGCACGGAUGGUUCCACCUUUAGUGGCUUAGACCUUGCAACUCUUACUAGGAACAAAUAUGGCUGGUCUUAUGAUGUUCAAUUGAUAAAGAAGGAGUUAAUGGGAAGAAAUCUCCUUGCAAUGAAUGUUAUGUGGAAGUGCAUGGAGCAGGGGUCAUUUCCCUUAACCGAAGAAGAAUGCCUCCUAAGGCUCGAUGAUGUGGCAAACACAUUGAAAUGUUGGGGAGCAGUCUCGCACAUUCGGAACAGCUUGGCGAAGCUGAAAGAGAGGCCUCGAAUAGGGAAGGCGGUGAGCAUAUUUAUCGACAUGGACAAAUCAGGAGGUCGAGCAAACGAAUGGAUUUACAAGUAGCCGUGAUUGUUCGAUCAGCGUUGUAAA